GUACAGUGGGGCCCUCAAAUAGUGGUUUAAGGAGCGGUAUAGGAACGGUAUAGGAACAGCGUUGUGGAUGGCCUUAGUGAGACGUGGGAGAGCCCUAACAAGGGUUACUACUAGACCUAUAUUUGCAGUGUUUAUAGGGUCAAGUUGGCCCAUGUGGGAGAUCUUUAGAUGUGAUGAUCUUGUCUUGCAAGAUUCUGAUUUUUGGAUUUACAAACCUCAAUUGAGAAGGAUAAGACAGAUACUACUCACGCCUGUCGGAAGUUGCCAACUCAUCAACGACGUCGUAUCGGGUGGAGGCUUACGGGCACAGGCAACCGAGGACGAGAGGACGAAACAGCCAAAAGAGGCUUAUUCCACUAUACUACACUCUUCAGAAACCUAUGUAUGUGGAGCAAUAGCUCUAGCACAGAGCAUCAUCCAAGCAAACACAACAAAAGACCUCGUCUUGCUAGCCGACGACCAUGUCUCUCCCGAAUCCAUCAACGGCCUCCGAGCAGCCGGGUGGAAGAUCAAGUGGAUCAAGCAGAUACGCAACCCUCACUCGAAAAAAGACGCCUACAAUGAGUGGAACUACAGCAAGCUCCGCCUCUGGGAACUAGCAGAGUACGACAUAGUUAUGUUCAUAGACUCUGAUUUCAUCGUCACCAGAAGCCUAGACGAGUUCUUCGCACACCCGGGAGUGUCUGCCAAGGGAGAUAACAUAAACCGUUUCAACUCGGGGCUGAUGGUUCUUGAACCAUCCACGUGCACGUUGAGGACCCUGAUGGAGAAGAGGUGGUUGGUGAGAUCAUAUAACGGUGGUGAUCAAGGUUUUCUUAAUGAAUUGUUCCCUUGGUGGCACCGUCUCCCCAACAAAAUAAAUCAUCUCACCUACUUUCCAUCAGCUGAUGAUCAUAAAAAUAGAGAUCAUACAGUGCCCGCUGAUAUAUCCGGGAUCCACUACCUUGGGUCGAAGCCAUGGUGGUGCUACAGGGACUACGACUGCAAUUGGGAUAUGCCGGAAAGGCAAAUAUUCGCCAGUGACUCGGCCAACAACAUCUGGUGGGAUGUUUAUGACAAGAGGCCUGAGAAUUUGAGACAACACUGCUCCUUGACACCCAAAAUGCAUACUAUUUAUAGAGACCAUAGAAACAAAGCCAGAGAUGCUAACUUACCUGAUGAACAUUGGAAGAUCAAGAUCAGAGACCCCAGGCUGAAGAAUGUAUUGUGAUUCAGUAUCAAAUGAAAACAUGAUA